GGGCUAACUACUGACAAGAGUGUUUCAGGAUUAUAAGACUAACAUGUUUUCUUACAAUAGAUGUAGUUAUCAGCUUAGAGACAGUUCUGUUAAGAAUAAAAUGUAGCUACAAUCAAACUGGCCUACCCAACAGUUUAUCCUUGGCAAACGCAAGAGUCCUUUCACAUCAACAGCUUGAGGACACAGGGAUAAAAUCCACUGCUGUGGGAUAGAGAGGAGGAGUGUGAGGAUACGGUGGGGGAGAGAAAGUCCUCGUAAAAGAGAAACUAAAAAGCACUUAGUAGUCAGUACUGAGGGAAGGUCCCGGUACUUUUAAGCACAUGGCACACGACAGCCAGGAACACAGGAGUACAAGGGAACUGGAAGAACAGAUUCAUUUGCAAGAGUCCAAAAACAAAGUAACACAGACAGAAUAUGUAAUAAGAGGAGCAAAGGGAUCUGCCAAGAUGUCUAAAUUCCAGAGGCGGUGUUGCAUUUCGACUUUCCUUUUCUUGCUGGUCCUGGCUGUGGUAAUCUCAGUCACUGUGGUAAUACUCAGGCAGCAGCAGCAGCAGAAGAAGGUGGGCUGUACAGGGGGAUUUCUGCAUGGAGCUGUGGCUGCCGAUUCCUUGGUGUGCUCCGAAAUUGGCAGGGACAUCUUAAAAGAAGGAGGGUCUCCAGUGGAUGCUGCCAUUGCUGCUUUGCUAUGUACUUCAGUAAUAAACCCCCAAAGUAUGGGGCUUGGUGGAGGUGUGAUUUUCACCAUAUAUAAUGCUUCUACAGGGCUGGUGGAGGUUAUCAAUGCCAGAGAGACAGUGCCCAAGAGUUCUACGCUAGAUCUUACACAAUGUAAAGAGCAUAAAUCCUUCUUUAAAACAGGUGCUCAGUGGAUUGGGGUUCCUGGGGAGCUUCGAGGAUAUGAAGUUGCUCACCAGAGACAUGGUCGCUUACCAUGGAAAUCUCUGUUUCAACCAACAAUCAAACUGGUGACAGAAGGGGUGAAACUCUCAUCAAUCACAAGCAGGUUUCUUAAAAACACAGAUAUUAAAAGUCUUAUUUCAAAGAACUCAGUUUGCAAGCUGCUUUGCAAGGGCCAGGAUCUGGUGACGGAGGGACAGAGUCUGAACUUCACCCAACUGGCUCACACUCUGCGUGUAGUGUCAGAGAAAGGAGCAGAUGCCUUCUACCAGGGGCCUAUAGCAGAACAAAUGUUGGAGGAUCUAAAGAGUCAAGGAAGUAAUUUGACACAGGAUGAUUUGACAAAUUAUAAGGUACUCAUAGGAAGAGCUCUGAAUGUGUCAUUGGCAAAUCACACUUUGUACUCUGCACAACCGCCGGCUGGGGGAGCUUUGCUCAGCUUUAUUCUCAAGGUUCUAGAAGGGUAUAAUUUUUCUGAGAGCUCCAUUCAAAAUAAGAGGGCACAAAUAGAGACCUACCAUCGUAUUGCUGAAGCCAUGAAAUUUGCCAAUGGACAGAAGAUAAAAAUGGCAGACUUUGGGAUGAAACGGAUGGAGGAGCUCAAGGAAACCGUAUUGUCGGAGACGUUUGCUCAGCAGAUCCGGGAGCGGAUUAAUGAUUACGGUAAUCAUUCGCUCAGUUAUUAUUCUUUGAAUGGCCCACAUUCAGAGUCCUUUGGCACGUCUCACAUCUCUGUCAUAAGUCAGGAUGGGAGUGCAGUAUCCGCCACCAGCUCCAUCAAUCAAAUCUUUGGUUCCAUGGUAUAUUCCCCACAAACCGGGAUUGUAUUUAAUAACCAGCUAGCAGACUUUUGCUCUGGAGAAAAAGUCAUCAUUACAGGGGAGCGUCCUCCAUCUUCUAUGGCUCCCAGCAUCCUCUUAUCCGAUGACAAGAAAUCUCAGUUGGUUAUUGGUGCAUCUGGAGGAAGUUACAUCAUAAGCUCCACAGCUCUGGCUAUUGUGAACACACUUUGGUUUGGAGUUGACCUCAAAAAAGCCAUCUCUGAUCCCAUCCUCCAUGUCACCGGGGAUUAUAAACUUGUCUUUGAAAGCACAUUCAGUAAGGAUGUGCAGGCAGGAUUGCAGGAAAGAGGACACCAGAUUGACUCUUCAAUGUUCUUCAAUGUGGUCCAAGGAGCACUUAAAAAGGACACUUGUCUGUUUGCAUAUUCUGACCAAAGAAAAAAGGGGGAGGCUGCAGGGUAUUAGGCUGUACAAAGACACAAAGCACACCAAAAGAAACAUACCUGACGUUUCCCAGAUUGCUGCAGGUAACAUCCUUGUUUUCAUCAGGAAGGAAUUAAACACCAACUAACAUAUGUGAGAAGAGAAAAUAUUGUCCAGUGUGAUUCAGAUACACACAACACUAUUUUGCUUUACUUAUAUUUUCUUCUCUUCUUUUCCCCCUCAUUCAUUGGACACAUUCUUCUCAAGUUUUGUGGUCUACUUCGCUUCUUUCAGUGUAGUCUGCCUCAUUGUGUUCUGCUUUCUUUCCAUUUAGAAUUCUGAGUAACACCCUUUUUCUUCACUUCUUGUCUCCUUUGACCUCUGUUUAUGCUGAUUCCCUAUUCCCACUCUUGUGAUUUCACUUGCUGAACUUUAGCCCUUUUCUCUCCUCUUUCAUGUUUUCCUUUAUCUUUCCCAACUUUUACAUUAGUGUUACAUGGAGCUGGUUCUUUACCUGCGUAUAAAUGCAGGCUGAGAAUUAGCCAAUUCACUGGCCUUCGUUUGUUCUUGUGUCUGCUCCUAGUGGCACUGUGUCAGCCUUGGUGCAGACACACAGAUUUUAUUGCAAAAAUGCAUCACUAAAUCUUUAAUAUUAUACUAGAGAUCUAUUCAUCAUCCCCAUCCCUCCUACCUUUGCCUCUAGUUGAUAACCUCUUUUACUAUUUACCCUGGGCUGGUGCUCUGUAUUCACUAUACUGAUGAUAGCAUGAAAAGUACCCUGGGCUUGUGUAUUUUUUACAGAACAAAAGUGAUUGCUUGAGGUAAAAAGCAAGCAACUUUAUUCACUAUUUACUGAAGGGUACCCAACACACUUACACCCUAUAUAUAUAUAUAUAUAUAUAUAUAUAUAUAUAUAUAUAUAUAUAUAUAUAUAGAACUUUUGGCUCAAAUGUGCGCACAAACUGUGACCUACCUGGCGGCUAUGAAGAUGAAUGUCAUGUUUGUUUCUAAUUAGACAGAUUUAAACCUAUAAGCUUAGGCAACAUUUAAUGGCAUAGGAAACAUCCUGCUCUGUAUCAGAGCUGCAUAUCAGGCAGUAGUAUGUGAUAGCUAUUGAACCAAGAAAAGGAGUAGAAUGAAGGUGAUCGUAUCUAAAACCCUGAAGACUGGCAUACUAUGUGGACUGGUGCUUACACAUUUUGUAAAUAUCUACACUAACACUAGGGUAUAAACGAAGCUACAUCCAUGGCAUCCACUAUGGCUACAAAACAUGCUACAGAUGAAUCUACACUCAGGGCAGCCAGUGUUGGCUCAAACCAAUCUACAGACAGGAAAGCCAUUAGUGGUACAGAAGUUACAAACAGUAGAAAUAUUAUGAACUACAAAACAGGCUACACUCAGGUUAGUCAUAAUACAUGGCUACAGACAGAUCAUACUGUGGCUGUUGGGAGAAAAAGUCCAUAAGCCAACAAUAUGCCUUUCCUACACUCAAUGCCAGUUUUGCUGGAAGAAAGUAACCCUCAAAAUCUGAAUGUAAAUUUCAAAAAAUGAUUUAUUGUUACCUCUUUCCUUUGAUAAUAUUGGUACAUGUACGGGCACCUUUAGAUACUGAAAAGCAAGAAAGCGUUUUCCCAUCAGCAGGGUCAGUAUAGCUUGCCAUGCAUAGGGAGGCAGGUCAAGUACUGAGUGAGAGAAAACUAUUUCUAGAGCACAGUCUCACAGGAGGGGCCUAACACAAAGUGCCUGUCCUUGAGUGGCCCUUUCAGUUGUGUUUUGGCCAAAGAGAAAAUGUGCAACAGGAUAGGAAAAAGGCUUCUCUCCUCCAGUGUGGAAUAGUAACACCCAGUCAUGAAACCACUUUUACUUCUCUUCCACCUUUUACAAUGUGAUUUUGAGCUUACUCGUUUCAGACAGCUUAUGGAUACUUCCAUGCUUGAAUCUUUUUAUGUUUAUGAGUAUUUACCCAUGCUAUUGCACAUUUAUAAGUAAACUAUGUAAAAUGUGACUUUUUUACAGAAUUGGACCAAAUUCAGUUCAGUGAGAAUGGUUUCUUAUGUGAAAACUCAUGGACGAGAUUCAGGUCGAGGAUAAAAUGUUUUUCUCCUAAUUCAAUUCCAGUUUUUUACCCAUAGGCAUUAAUAUAGUUUUCAUGUGAUAAGAUAGAUAAGUUUUCCUGAACUGAAUUGCAUCUCAGUUUGAAUCACAUCCAUGAGUUUUCAUGUGAUAAACCUUUUUCUCACUGAAUUGAAUAUGGCCCAUUAUGUGUACUUUUUAUAAUUAUCAAUAAAUGUAUUUUUUGUACUAUA